GUGUUAAAUGGUUUCUUAGUUGCUAGACAGGGAGAAAAAAUGGACGAUCACAGACCAUUCUUUGUAGAUUAUUAUAUCAAGGGUUCAGCUUUUGGCUCAUCAAAGCUAAAUGCCGCAAGACCUAUCUAGUUGCUGUGAAUUAUGCCAAGACGACAAUGGAGUGCUUUUUUAAUGGUACAAUGCAUUUCACCUACCAGAUAGGGGGAGUCCACGCUGAGAGAUGGGGAUGUCUUGUGAUGUUGGGUGAUCAGUAUCAAUGAAGGGGGUUAUUCUGAAAAGAGACAGAUUAAAAUAAAGCGCUCUUUGCUCGGGAUGUGCUGGAAGCAGUUGGGAGGGCUACCCGGAGCGGGCGGCCGCGGCAGCCCCGCGCCGCACUUUUCCCCCUCCGCACAAGAAAAUGAUCAAGUCAAUCAUGUGGACAUGCUUCAUUAUUCAUUGAACACAAUCUUUUACAACGCUCCGUUUACGUGCGGGAGUUUCUUCUACGCUUUGCUUUAAAUUUUAAGCUAAAAAAUUCUCUAUAAUCCUUUUUUGGGAGUUCGCACGGGAGGUUAAGUGAAUGGUCCACCUGCUUCCUUGUACACUGACAGUGGGAUGACAAAGAAGCCAUUGGUCCUUAUUCAGUGCUCUUUAAACAGGUGCUCUCUGUAUUACAACAGCAGGAAUGAGCUAAAAUCUUGAGGAAUACAGGAGUAAUUCUAUGCAUACUUUGGAUGGUUCCAGACUUAACUUCCGUAAAACAACUAAAAGGUGUAAAUGCAGUUGCGACCUUCAGUACCUAUCCCGUGUCUUUUAAGAAUUUCCUCAGCCAGGGAACAGAUUCGUUGGUUUAAGAGUAACUGAUCCCCAGCAAAUAUGGUGUAUUUCUGCAAAGCACAGGAAACUCGUAAUUUCUAGAGGACGGAUGGCAAAGUAUCCACUUCUGCUUGACUCCGCUAGCCUCAGUUUAGGACGUUGUUCCCUUUGGCUCUGAGCGUGGUAAAAGAUCUACAAGAGCUUUCGUCAUCCAUUGAUUAAAGAAUUAAACCUCGCCACGCUCCGGCCAGCUAGAUGGGGAAACUGAGGCAAAGAGGUUAAAGGAUCUCUCCUGGGCCACAGAGUGUGUUGAUGUCCGUUCCCACUCCCUAGACAUGUGCACAGACUACUAGACUUCACUGCUCUGGCUGCAGCAGGGAAGUGGGACGCCCCUUUGGCAAUCUGUCAGUGCCAACCUGAGCUGCAUCCUUUCACUGGGUAUUUUCUAAGCUGACUGACGGUCCUUAAAACAAGUAUGCAGUUAAGCUGCUAAGAGAUGGAGGAAGCUAGUUUGUGCCUUGGUGUUUCUUCAGCUGUGCCAGAAGCUGACGCCCAUCUCAACACCACCAUACUCAAUGGGCAGUAUUCAAUGAGCCAGAAGCUGCACCAGAUCACUUCCCAGCUCAGCCAUGCCUUCCCGGAGCUCCAGAACAGGCAGAAUCCAGAGGAGAAGGCGUCAGCACCACUAGAAGACAAAAGCCACAUGUCCAUAGCAAACCAGCCCAUCAGCAGUCAGAUGGCAUUGUUGGCAAACCAGCUCAACAGGGAGGUCGACACCAGUUUGAAUGGGCGCGUGGAUCUGCAGCAGUUCUUAAAUGGGCAAAACCUAGGGAUUAUGUCUCAGAUGAGCGAUAUAGAGGAUGAUGCCAGGAAAAACAGAAAGUACCCGUGUCCCCUCUGUGGGAAACGCUUUCGAUUUAACAGCAUCCUGUCGCUACACAUGCGAACUCAUACUGGAGAGAAACCAUUUAAGUGUCCAUACUGUGACCACAGAGCAGCUCAGAAAGGCAACCUGAAGAUACACCUGCGUACUCAUAAGCUUGGAAACCUUGGCAAAGGUCGUGGAAGAGUCCGAGAAGAAAACAGACUUUUACAUGAGCUGGAGGAGAGAGCAAUUCUUCGGGACAAACAGAUGAAGGGCAGCCUCUUGCAGCCACGAUCCGAUGUGAAAGCACAGCAGCACACCCAGCCAAUGCCUCUUGCAAACUGUAACUUGUCUGUGCCAGCUAAUCACAGCACACCUGAUAUUUCAAACCCUGUUCCCUCUCCAAAGCCAGUCAGCGUCCAGGAAGAAGUUGUCGCUCAGACAGCUGGGUUCAGAUGCACGUUUUGCAAAGGCAAGUUUAAGAAGCGAGAAGAGCUGGACAGGCACAUAAGGAUCCUGCACAAGCCUUACAAGUGCACCCUGUGUGACUUUGCCGCCUCGCAGGAGGAGGAGCUGAUUAGCCACGUGGAGAAGGCUCACAUAACCGCAGAGUCGGCACAGGGCCAGGGCUCCAACGGGAAUGGGGAGCAAUCCACCAACGAGUUCCGUUGUGAGGUGUGCGGCCAAGUGUUUAGCCAGGCCUGGUUCCUAAAAGGCCACAUGAGAAAGCACAAAGAUUCCUUUGAACACUGCUGUCAGAUCUGCGGGAGGCGAUUCAAAGAGCCUUGGUUUCUUAAAAAUCACAUGAAAGUUCACCUGAAUAAGUUAUCUGUAAAGAACAAAUCUCCUAAUGAUCCCGAAGUACCUGUCUCCAUCAGCAGCAUGUCCCAGGAAGCUCAUGCAAACUUGUAUUCCAGAUACCUGUCAUGUUUGCAAAGUGGGUUUCUUCCUCCCGACAAAGCGAGUUUAAGUGAACAAAAUCAAAUCUAUAACAAAGGAGAUAUGCCCAUGAAAGAGAAAGAAGUCUUGGGGAAGCUCCUUUCGCCCAUUUCUGGCAUUGGCCACAGUAUUGCUGAAGGGGAUAAACAUUCUUUAUUGGGCUGUCUCAAUCUGGUGCCUCCUCUGAAAUCCAGCUGUAUAGAAAGGUUACAAGCUGCCGCCAAAGCAGCAGAGAUGGAUCCAGUAAACAGCUAUCAGGCCUGGCAGCUUAUGGCAAGGGGAAUGGCCAUGGAACAUGGCUUUUUGUCUAAAGAGCAGCAGAUACAGCGCAGCCAUGAAGACACUUUGGCAAAUGCUGGAGUUAUGUUUGAUAAGGAGAAGCGGGAGUAUGUGUUAGUAGGAGCAGAUGGCUCUAAGCAGAAAAUGCCUGCUGAUUUGGUUCACAGCACUAAAAUGGGCAAUCAGAGAGACUUGCCAAACAAACUAGACCCUUUAGAAGGCAGUAGAGAUUUUUUGUCACAUGGUAUGAACCAGGGACUCGAUUACAACUUACAAAGUCAUGGAAACGUAAAAGAAAAGCCAACUGAAUGCCCGGACUGCGGAAGGGUUUUUAGAACAUACCACCAAGUGGUCGUUCACUCCAGGGUCCACAAAAGAGACAGGAAAGGAGAAGAUGAAAUAAUUCAAGGUAAUCUUGAUGAGCGACGUGGGUCUGGCAGUGAUCAAGAGUCUCAGUCUGUCAGCAGGUCGACGACACCAGGGUCCUCUAACAUUACUGAAGAAAGCGGAGUAGGUGGGGGUCUCUCACAGACGGGGAGCGCCCAGGAGGACAGCCCACAUCCUUCCUCACCCUCCUCUUCAGACAUUGGAGAAGAAGCUGGGAGAUCUGUAGGAGUCCAGCAGCCAGCUUUACUGAGAGACAGGAGCCUUGGUUCUGCCAUGAAAGACUGCCCAUAUUGUGGAAAAACUUUCAGAACGUCCCAUCACUUAAAGGUCCACUUGAGAAUACAUACAGGUGAGAAGCCUUACAAGUGUCCGCAUUGUGAUUAUGCUGGUACUCAGUCUGCAUCCCUCAAAUACCACUUGGAACGGCACCAUCGGGAGCGACAGAAUGGAGCAGGACCACUCUCCGGCCAAUCUGCAAGUCAAGAACACAAAGAUGAGACAUCAAGUAAAAAUUCUGUGUUUAUUAGACCAGAUAUAUUGAGAGGAGCCUUCAAGGGGCUUCCUGGUAUCGAUUUCCGAAGUGGUAUGGUCUCGCAGCAGUGGACAUCAGGAAUGCUGUCUUCUGGAGAGCAGCAAGGACAAGCAGCUGGCAUGUCAUCUGAAAUAUCUUCAGAAAAUAUGAAGAGUUCAGACAUAUCUUCCAAAGGAACACACUUUUCUGAACUUGGCCGCGCGUACCAGAACAUGGUUGGGAACGGUGUGAACUUUCAAGGGUCUUUGCAAGCUUUCAUGGACAGCUUUGUCCUAAGUUCUUUGAAGAAAGAAAAAGAAAUGAAGGAUAAAGCGCUCUCAGAUCCACUUUCAGCAAAAGCUCUGGGCUCAGAUGGUGGCGAGGAAAAGAUAAAUAGCAAGUCCUCGCAGCGAAAAACAGAAAAGUCACAAUACGAACCACUUGACUUAUCCGUAAGGCCAGAUGCAGCCUCCCUCCCAGGUUCAUCUGUUACUGUGCAAGACAAUAUCGCUUGGCACGGCUGCUUAUUUUGUUCCUUUACAACUUCAUCUAUGGAACUAAUGGCUCUGCACCUCCAGGCCAAUCACUUGGGCAAGGCUAAACGUAAAGACAACAUCAUAGGGAACAACAAAGACCAAUCUAGAGAAGCUUCAGCCUCGGUUAAUAAAGUGAGCUUGCUUCCCUCUUCUGUGCAGUCCAGCAAGGAGGCGGUAGUUUCAAACAUGCUGAGCCAGCUGGACUCAGCUCCUGAGAAAAUGACCCAAGGACAAAAUAAAGAGACCCUGGGAGAGGCGAAGAGCACCGCCUGGCCCAGCCACAUGGAAUCCACUUUUUGUAAUUUUACAACAGACUUCUAUAAGCAGUUUGGUGUUUAUCCUGGUGUUAUUGGCACGGGAACACAAAAUUCUUGCACCAGUAAUGAAUCCGAAAUAAAAACACAAUCCGAAGACGACCCAAAUAUUCUGCUCUCUGACUCUGUAAAUAAAAGUGCUACUGAUGACCUUUCUGACAUAGCUUCAUCUGAGGAUAUGGAAUCUUCCAAGGAAGAAAACAUUGAAGAUGAGGACAUUGACACAGAACCAGAUAUUAUGAAUAAGCAGUUGUCUGCCCUAAAUAAAGAAAGCAGUGAAGGAGGCGACAAUAUACAAAGCGCAGUCACCUCACAACCAACACAAGGGCUUGUAUCACCACUGCCGCAAGCAUCAGAAAAGCAGUGGCACACUCAGAAUCUGCUGUCCUCCCAUGAAACUGCACAAGGAGUGAUGAAAGCCGAACAAGUUCAGGGUCCGCAGGUCCUGGAGAAGCAGAUGAACAUGUUGUCAGUCCUAAGAGCUUACAGCUCUGAUGGCUUAGCAGCCUUUAAUGGACUUGCAAGUAGCACAGCAACUAGUGGAUGUAUCAAGAGACCUGACUUGUGUGGUCACAGGCCUUUCCAGUGCAGAUACUGCCCGUACAGUGCCUCUCAGAAGGGAAAUCUGAAGACCCAUGUUCUCUGUGUCCAUCGCAUGCCUUUUGACAACAGCCAGUAUCCCGACCGCAGGUUCAAGCGCUCCAGAGUCGACUCCGAAGCUUCUGGGAAUUUGGAGGAACCUGGAGCUGUCAAACCGGGGAGCUCGGCAGAGCUAACGGAGGAGGGCAGCAAGGCCCAGGAGUGAUGCAGCCCGGCGGAUCCGUCUCCGUGCGGCGGGAGCCUUUUACACCGGCUGUAGACGUGCGUUCGGGUGAGGGUGGGCUAACUGCCUUCCAAGCGAAAGGAUGGCGUGCAAAUUCCCAGAAGUGUACAGGAUGCCGAAAACAUUCAAACAUAUGUAUAUGUGCACAGACACACACGUGCGCAUGUGUGUGUGUAUAUAUAUAUAUUUACACACAGAGACAUAUUCAGUCAAACCCACAUUGAAUAUAUAUCUACAUACACACACACACGCACCCAAAAUCCACACAUUCCAUACGUGUGUGCGUGUGUGUGUUUAAAUAUAUAUUUUACACACGCAAAAUAAAUUUCCAGCCCUUGAAAAUGGCUGCUAAACUGUUACCUGGCAACAAGUACUUCCAAACAAUGUAGGUGGGAUAACAAAGUGAUUUAAAAAUGUUAGGAGGUCGUUAGUUAUUUAAAAAGCAGGGCAAAUUUCAAACUUUAAAGUGGUCUUUGUCCAAAAAUAAUGCUCUUAACGGAAAAAUGAGACCGUCUAAACGAUUUAGUGUUGCCUUGAAGAUGGAGGGGCUGUGUUUUCAUUGUUGAAAACACCUUUAUAAUAUGACACCAGCUGCUGUCAUUUGCCUAGCAUAGUAAUGAGAUGUGUUGGUAGACUGCCAUGGUGCCAGUCUGACUGGAGCUGUCAUUGCAGAGAAAAUCAAUUCGAGUGGUGUUGCAACUGCAGUAUAGGAGAAACCUUAGACGGCCCAUAAGCUAGGGUCAGUACUGACCUGUACUGAAAAGUAUUGCGCUAUUACAUUUUCUUCUUUUGUUUUUUUUUUUUUUUCCUCUUUUCCCUUUUUUUUUAAUACACAGCCAAAUGAAUCAAUGGUUAGAAAAAAUUCUGCAGCCCGAUGUGCGAUUGCAGAUUUGAAAUGUAAGUCCAUUUUUUGUAAUCAUCUUGCGGUAUUGAGGGAAAUGCUUUUAUUCCUUGUUACUUUUUUUUUCCUUGUUGAUGAAGAAGUAAGUUGCUAUAAAAGUAGAAGUACAAUAUAUAGAAAUAUUGUUUAGUGAAACUAGUCAGCCUUAUCUAUAGAAGGUGCUGGUGAGAAACAGAAUUUUAUUACAUAGAAGGUUGGUAAUUUUUUUUUUUUCUCCUUCAGUUCUUUUAUUUUCUUGGUAUUUUUCAGACUUCCUUUAAAUUGCCUUCUUUUUUUUUUUUUUUUUCCACACUUGAAUGAAGGAUUCCCCAGUCAUGGUUAAUUUUCAUGUGUUAGUUUUUGUAAGUGUUACAGACAUAGUGCAGAAGUUUCUUCUGGAGCAAGCUCUUAUAAAGUAGCUUGAGCUAAAAUAUGAAUGCAAACUUCCUGCUCUUUGUCUCUAAUGGAGAAAAGUGUUUUAGCUGAUAUUUCUUUGGUUUUGUAAAGCAAAUGUGUUCUAUAUUUUUGCAGAUUUUAGCUUUUUUACUGAUUGGAUGCUCCAAAUUUAGUAAGGUCUUUGCCACAUAGGAAGCUUUUGAGAGAGUAUAAUGAACCACGUACUUAAAAAAACCCAUAAGAAAUAUAACUAAAGGUUUAUUCUGAAAUUCUCUGAAUGGCAUAAAAUUUUAGCCUUCUAAUGUACUUCCUUUGAUAGAAGCAAAAUUGGUGCUGUUUAUUGCAAUGGUAGAGAAGUAUUAACUUCUUCUAAAACAAAAUCAUCCAGACUUUAAAAAAAAAAAAAGUUUUAAAAAAAAAAGUCAAUAUUUCCUUGCAGGCUGGGAGCACAGAGUAAAACCCCAGGGCCUUAAAACUUCAGCUCUGCCUAAAGCAGUUUACAAAAAAUACUAAACUGCAAUCAAUGUAAAUAAAAUUCUUAGCGCUACCCUGAGACUGGAAAAAAAAAAAUCUCAGGCUAAUAAGGAAUACGGUUUGCAUAUGCUGUCGGAAAGGAUGUCAUCCAACUGAAGUUUCAGUUUAAAUGAGGUCACUGUGUAACUUGGACCCAUCUGGCACAGAGCAAGCUGCUUUUCUUGUUUUUCUAGUAUAGUUCUCACUGCCUUACUUAAAUCGAGUUGAUAAACUUAAUGCAACUGUUUCUAUGAUCCUAGAUAAAGGAUUGAAAUGUUAUUGAAACUUUCUGACUGUAGUAAGCUUUAGGAUUUUAACUGCACUACUGUGUUUGGUGACUGUGUCAGUCGCUUGCUUUUGUGUGUUUGCGCCGCCUUCAGUAUCUUAGCAAAAAAAAAAAAAAGAAAAAAAAGAGAGAAAAAAACCCCCCAAACCACCCCCCACAUUCCAUUUCUUGCACUUUUUGAGCUCUUUCAGUAUUCUUUUGUGUCUUCUGAGCAUUUUCAGAUACGACAGGCAAUAAUUCUGUUUGUGACACUGGAAACAUCUCCCGCUCCUUGUGAUGUGUGUGUUGAUUCCAUUUGGUCGGGUGCUACUGUCCCUAUCCUCCCCUCUGACAUAGCCCUUUUUUCCAGAACAUUUGUAACUUGUAAUACAAACAAGUGACAGCAGCAGUGAUGCAUUGUCAGUUUCUGAAUAUCAUCAUGCUUCUCAUAUCUAAACAUGUCAAGUUUUUUCUCUGUAACUUCUGUAGUCUGUGAUACUGGUCAUAAUACUGUCUACAUUCCUACACAAAGAAAAAUUUCUAUCUUGGAGGAAAUCUGAGAUCAAUAGAGUAGAGGAUUUUGUUGCUAUGCUUGUAACAAUUAGAAAACUUUGUAUUUAAAGUUUAUUCUUGGUCAUUAUUUAUUAUUAUAAUACAUCAGUUGACAGAACUUUAUUCUGGUAUAGAAGUAUUAAAAGUUGUUUUUUCAGCAAUGACUGUUUUCUUUCUGCUGUUAGAAUAAAAAUGUCUUUGAAGCAGUACAGUUUUAUCCAGUGUUUUACGCAAUAAAACCUCUACCUCUGAAAAAAAAAGUUUUCCUACUUGCUUAUGUUUAUUAGGAACAGUUAAAACAUUAUUUUCUGCAGCUUUGUCAGAUUUAAAAAAAAAAAAAUUAAUGUCAGUAAAUUCACAGUUGUUAGGCAGUUACUGGAGUGUAUUAUGCUGGGUGUGUGUGCUCAGUCCACUUAUUAAU